AUGAAGUCUGGCGCUGGAGGAGGGUCCCUGACCUUAUUCUGGGGGUUUCUGCUCUUCUUUGCCACACUUUGUCUGUGGCCAACAAAUGGAGAAAUUUGUGGGCCAAAUGUCGACAUUCGCAAUGAUAUCCAUGAGCUGAAGCGCUUAGAGAACUGCACGGUAAUUGAGGGUUUCCUCCAGAUUCUGCUGAUCUCCAAGGCAGAGGACUACCGCAACUUCCGCUUCCCAAAGCUCACAGUUAUCACCGACUACUUGCUGCUGUUCCGCGUGGCAGGCUUAGAGAGCCUCAGCGAUCUCUUUCCCAACCUCACGGUCAUUCGCGGGCGGAACCUCUUCUACAACUAUGCCCUGGUUAUCUUUGAGAUGACUAACCUCAAAGAAAUUGGGCUUUAUAAUCUGAGGAACAUCACCCGAGGGGCCAUCCGGAUCGAGAAAAACUCUGACCUGUGUUACCUCUCCACGGUGGACUGGUCUCUGAUACUAGAUGCAGUGUCCAACAACUACAUAGUUGGGAAUAAACCUCCAAAGGAGUGUGGGGACUUGUGUCCAGGGACGAUGGAAGAGAAGCCAUUGUGUGAGAAGACUUCCAUUAACAAUGAGUACAACUACCGCUGCUGGACCACCAACCACUGCCAGAAAAUGUGCCCCAGCGCUUGUGGCAAACGGGCUUGCACAGACCAAAAUGAAUGUUGCCAUCCCGAGUGCUUGGGGAGCUGCACUGCACCUGACAACAACACGGUUUGUGUGGCCUGCCGCAAUUAUUACUACGAAGGAAUCUGCGUACCCACCUGCCCACCGAACACCUACAAGUUUGAAGGCUGGCGCUGCGUUACUAAAGACUUCUGUUCCAAAGUCCCUGCUACAGAGAUAAGUGACUAUGAGAAGUUUGUGAUCCACAAUGAUGAGUGCAUGGCAGAGUGCCCUUCUGGAUUCAUACGCAACGGGAGCCAAAGCAUGUUCUGCAGCCCCUGCGAAGGGCCUUGCCCAAAAAUCUGUGAGGAAGAGAAAACAAAGACCAUUGAUUCCGUCACAUCAGCACAAAUGUUGCAGGGAUGCACCGUCCUCAAGGGGAAUCUGCUUAUUAACAUCCGCCGUGGGAACAAUAUUGCUUCUGAGCUGGAGAAUUUUAUGGGUCUGAUAGAAACAGUAACUGGGUAUGUGAAGAUUCGCCAUUCCCAUGCACUAGUCUCCCUCUCUUUCUUGAAGAAUCUGCGAUAUAUUUUGGGAGAGGAACAGUUGGAUGGGAAUUAUUCUUUCUAUGUGCUGGACAACCAGAAUCUGCAACAGCUGUGGGACUGGAACCACCACAACCUGACGAUCAAAGAGGGGAAAAUGUACUUUGCGUUUAAUCCCAAACUGUGUGUGUCUGAGAUUUACCGCAUGGAGGACGUGUCGGGAACCAAGGGACGGCAGAGUAAAGGAGAUAUAAAUCCAAGAAACAAUGGGGAGAGAGCCUCUUGCGAAAGCCACAUUCUGAAUUUUGUCUCCAACACCACCCUGAAGAACCGGAUUAAGCUCACCUGGGAGCGGUAUCGUCCUCCAGAUUACAGAGAUCUUAUUAGCUUCACUGUUUACUACAAAGAAGCACCAUUCAAGAAUGUGACAGAGUAUGAUGGGCAAGAUGCUUGUGGUUCUAAUAGCUGGAACAUGGUGGAUGUUGAUCUGCCCCCAAACAAAGAGAACAACCCUGGGAUUUUACUGCAGGGACUGAAACCUUGGACUCAAUAUGCCAUUUAUGUCAAGGCUGUUACUCUCACAAUGAUGGAGAAUCAUCACAUCCAUGGAGCAAAGAGUGAAAUAGUCUAUAUACGCACCAAUGCUGCAGUGCCAUCUAUCCCACUGGAUGUUAUUUCAGCAUCGAAUGCCUCUUCUCAGCUAAUAGUGAAAUGGAAUCCACCCUCUCUCCCCAAUGGCAACCUGUCCUACUAUAUUGUACGGUGGCAGCAGCAGCCUCAGGACAGUUAUCUUUACCGACAUAACUACUGCUCCAAAGAUAAAGUCCCAAUUCGGAGAUAUGCUGAUGGGACCAUUGAUACAGAAGAAGCUACCGAACCCACCAAGCCAGAAGGGAGUGGGGGAGAAAAAGGACCUUGCUGUGCUUGCCCCAAGACAGAGGCAGAGAAGCAAGCUGAGAAGGAGGAGGCAGAGUACCGGAAAGUCUUUGAGAACUUCCUGCAUAACUCCAUCUUUGUGCCCAGACCGGACCGGAAGCGCAGGGAUGUGUUCCGAAUCGCAAACACCACUGUUGCCAGUAGGAACAAGAACACAACGGUGCCAGAUCACUUCGCCAAUGUGUCUGAUGUGGAGGAGAGCGAGAUGGAAUAUCCAUUCUAUGAGAGCAAAGUGGAGGGCCGGGAGAGGACGCUCAUCUCGCACCUCCAGCCUUUUACUCUUUACCGUAUUGAUAUUCACAGCUGCAACCAUGAAGCAGACACACUUGGGUGCAGUGCUUCCAACUUUGUCUUUGCAAGAACCAUGCCUGCAGAAGGAGCAGAUAACAUUCCAGGAACAGUAACGUGGGAAGGCAAAGAAGAUAAUGCCAUCUAUCUGAAGUGGUCAGAACCUGUAAGCCCUAAUGGAUUGAUACUGAUGUAUGAAAUCAAAUAUGGGCAGCAUGGAGAGGAGAAACGGGAAUGUGUUUCUAGACAGGAAUACAGGAAGUUUGGAGGAGCCAAACUAACUCAUCUAAACCCUGGAAACUAUUCUGCCAGAGUUCAGGCCACCUCUCUAGCUGGAAAUGGAUCAUGGACUGAACCAGUGUCUUUCUAUGUACAACCCAAACCGGCAGACUAUGGGAAUUUCCUGCACUUGAUAAUUGUGCUCCCCAUUGCAGUGCUGCUGAUCAUUGGAGGUUUGGUAAUAAUGCUGUACGUCUUUAACAAAAAGAGGAACAGUGACCGACUAGGCAAUGGAGUGCUUUAUGCUUCUGUGAACCCUGAGUACUUCAGUGCUUCUGAUGUAUACGUUCCGGAUGAGUGGGAAGUGCCCCGGGAGAAGAUCACCAUGUGCCGGGAGCUUGGGCAGGGCUCCUUUGGAAUGGUUUACGAGGGAAUAGCUAAGGGAGUGGUGAAGGACGAGCCAGAAACUAGAGUGGCCAUCAAAACUGUCAAUGAGUCUGCAAGCAUGCGUGAACGGAUAGAGUUCUUAAACGAGGCCUCAGUCAUGAAGGAGUUCAAUUGUCAUCAUGUGGUGCGGCUGCUUGGAGUCGUCUCGCAAGGCCAACCAACACUGGUUAUCAUGGAGCUCAUGACACGCGGGGAUCUCAAGAGUUAUCUGAGAUCUCUGCGGCCGGACACAGAGAAUAACCCAGGCCAGUCUCCUCCAACUCUGAAGAAGAUGAUUCAGAUGGCAGGAGAGAUUGCUGACGGCAUGGCAUACCUCAACGCCAACAAAUUUGUGCACAGGGAUCUCGCUGCAAGGAAUUGCAUGGUGGCUGAAGAUUUCACUGUAAAAAUUGGAGAUUUUGGCAUGACCAGAGAUAUCUACGAGACAGAUUACUAUCGGAAAGGAGGGAAAGGUUUACUUCCUGUGCGCUGGAUGUCCCCAGAGUCACUGAAGGAUGGAGUCUUCACAACACAUUCAGACGUCUGGUCCUUUGGUGUUGUCCUAUGGGAAAUUGCAACAUUAGCAGAGCAGCCAUACCAAGGCAUGUCCAACGAGCAAGUUCUUCGCUUCGUGAUGGAGGGAGGCUUAUUGGAGAAACCAGACAACUGUCCUGAUAUGCUGUUUGAGUUGAUGCGGAUGUGCUGGCAGUACAACCCCAAGAUGAGGCCCUCCUUCCUGGAAAUAAUCGGUAGCAUUAAGGAUGAGCUGCAUCCAGCAUUCAAAGAGGUCUCCUUCUUCUACAGCGAAGAGAACAAGCCUCCAGACACCGAGGAACUCGAUCUGGAGACUGAAAACAUGGAGAGCAUUCCUUUAGAUCCCUCCUCCACCCUCCAACCCACUGACAAGCACUCAGGACACAAAGCUGAGAACGGCCCAGGCGUGGUGGUGCUGCGGGCCAGCUUUGAGGAGAGACAGCCGUACGCGCAUAUGAACGGAGGACGCAAGAACGAACGGGCCUUACCUUUGCCCCAGUCUUCGGCCUGCUGAUCCUUAAAACCCAGAAUCUCACAAACACACACAUGUUGGGGAAGAAAGACAGAAAAGAAAAUAUAUUCAAAAGCCUACUGUACCUCAGCGGAUCUUCAGAACUGCCAUAGCUGCACACGGGAGAAUCCUCUUUUCAGUAAACACGAUAGUUUUUUCUUUGUUCAAUAUGCAAGCAGAUGUUUAUUUCAUAAAGGACUCUGUUCAGUGGGGCGCACAGUCAGCCUUUUAAAACUCUAAUGUUAACACUUAAUAGCAACAGAAAACUUGAGAUCUGAUGUCUCUCUCUUCUCUUUCUCUCUCUCUCUCUCUCUCUUUUUCUUUCUGCUUCAUAAUGGGAAACAUAUCUGCGUGCAAGUUCAACCAUACAGCACUUUUAUCAGAUCAAAGAAAUUGCAGGCCAGGUGGCUCCCCGUUAGCCCUUGCAACACCUGCUUAACACUGUAGGUCUUUAUAAAAACAAAAAAAAAAAAAAAAAAAAAAAGGACUGGAUUUUUAAUGUUACUCUAACCUUUUUAGGAACAUGUAAAAGAAUUUAAAAAGGGCCAUCAUUCGUCCAAGGUUGUUACCAUUUUCAACGCUGCCAAAUUUUGCCAAAAAAAAAAAAAACCUGAACUUUUUUGGGGUGGUGGUGGUUUUGUUUCACGGGGGGUGGGGUGGGGGGUUGUUUGUUUUUUGUAGGCUUGGAAGGAGCACAGUAAUCAACUGCUCCAUUUAAAAGAGAUACUGACCAAUACACUCCAUUCAAUCAUACACUGGUAUUUAAAAAAAAAAUCAGAUUGUCUAGAUCUUUUUUUAAACUGGACAAAACAUGAUUUGUUUUCUCAUGAUGGAGAGGAAAGGGGGGGCGGGGUUUAGAAAUAGCCCUCCCUCCACCCGCCCUCCCCCACCAAGAAUUCUGGACAAAACUGGCAGUGGUGAGCCAAAUAUCACACACACACACUCUCUCUCUCUCUCUCUCUCUUUUUCUCUCUCUCUCUCUCUUUUAUAUAUAUUUCGUGCAAAAAGUUGAUGGCACGCCAAAAACAGCAAGCCAGCCUGAAAUGACCCAGAAGAAUCUCCAUCGUUGUAGCCUGCCCUCCUUCUCAGGCUCGCAGGAAAACACAUGUCGAAACAAAAAUUGGAGAAGACAAAAAGUGGUAACGGAUUCAAGCAUAUGACGCUUUGUUGACCUUUUCUCUCUGUUAUUAAGACUUCUCAAAGGGUCUUGCAGUUCUAUGUUAGACCAUGGAUCAUUUGCAUACACAUUGUCUUUUGUGUCACUUUUAUAACUUUUUUACGGUUCAGAUACUCAUCUAUAUGUCUGUACAGAAAAAAGCUGCUAUUUUUUUUGUUCUUUAUCUUUGUGGAUUUAAUCUAUGAAAACCUUCAGGUCUGCCCUCCUUCCCUUCCCCCCACUCCAACAAAUUUCUUAUGCUUUGUACUAUAGUGUGUAACUUUUACUUCCUUCUUCCUAGUAACUGAUCCCUGUAACAUGAUUUGCCAUGAACUGUUUAAUGCCUUUUUAUAAAUACAUUUCCUCCUUUUUUUUCCCAUUAGUUGUUUUACAACAUCUUGGCUGUGUGGGAUACAGAGCUCUUGAAGGGACUGGGAGAGAAGGGGUACACAGCCAGUAGCACUCCAGUGGUGCUGUAGUGGUUUUAACCCUACCUCCCUCCCUCCGCUAACCUCUGCCCAUGCAGCACGCGAGUCUGUUACAGUGCAAGGCACGAUACAAACUCAGGUCAGAAAAAAAAAGGUUACAUAUUGAGUACAUUCUUGUUCAGUGUUCAUAUUCAUCGUUGUACAAGAGUCAGCCCCCCUCCUUCCCUUGCCUUUUGUUUUGGUUGUGACACACGCAUAUAUAUAUAUUUUUUUAAUUGUUGGGUACAACAGCGGACACCAGGCUUUUGGGUCUCUAUUUUUUAAAAUGAAUAUUUCAACCCUUCCAUCCCAUGAACAACAGCUAUGUUUAGUCUACAUCGGUUGAGCUGUCGGUGCCAGGCGUUUUGAUGUAGGUGGCCAUUCAACGUUCUGAUCUAGCAGACCCCAGCUACUAGGCCUUCUCAUUAGAAGAUGUUGAAAGGCCACAUUCUGGGCUGCCCCUUGUUCAAGAUCCCCCAAUUUGCCAGCAGCCUCGGUGAUAGCAUGCGGUGUGAGAUCAGGCAGGGAGGAUGUGCGCGCUCUUAAGUGGGUCGGGGCCACCAGAUUUGCUAGCAAACAGUUAAAUGCAGCAGCUAUGGAAACCUGUACAAAUACAAGCUUGUUGCUCAAACCAUAGACCAAACUUCAGCACAAAAGAGAAAUAGUAGCUUGCUUGUUUGGCAGAGGAAGCUUUAUGAAUGUGGAGGGCAAGGAGGCAGGGUUUAAGGAGGGUGUGAUGGGGGCCAUGAUGUAAGUCUAAAACAAAGGAGCCAUAAUAGUUGCUCAUCUGAAGUUAGUUAUAGCAUCUAACCCCGUGUUUGGCACUGAGCCAACCAAAUGAUGGCAGUAAAGAGGUUGUUCUGGGAUGGAAAUGUUCAAUUUUUUUGAGUAAGAACAAAGCAUUGAAAUAUACUGAUUGCUCGUUGUGACUGGAGAUUUAAAAAAAAAAAAUGUUUGUAGUGCUUUUUGCUUGUGUAGUUUUUAGGUCCCACUAUCUUCUCUUGCCUCUGUCCCAUAGUUAUUUUUCCCUUUAAAGAAAAAAAGAAAAAAAAAACAAAAAAAAGUUAAUUAAGAAGGUAUUCUAUGUAGGAUUUUUUUAUUUAUUUUUGUGAUAUCAGUUUAAAUCACUGUAGAGAUGCCCCAUAAUAAAUUUAAAUACUGAGAUAAGGGUUUUCAAGUAUGACAGGGGGACAGUUUUUGAUUUUUUUCAAACAUUUAUCUACCUCACUCUUAUUUUUUUAUAUGUGUAUAUAUAAAAAAAAUACAUCUCACAUUUCUCAGCAGCCGAUAGAAAUGCCGUUGAUACUGGUAACUUCUCACUCACUCUACAAACCACAUACUCCAGGUUUUGGAGAGAAGCGGUCACUACGUUUCCCAAAGGGUCACUUCAGAGGGUUGUUCUCAUGUUAUUUUAUAACAGUUUGCCCUUUUCUUGGUAGCAUUUUUAAGAUGUAUGUUGGGAGGAGAGGAGGAGACACACCUGAGAAUCGUUUGACUUAAGACCACCAUUCUUUAAGGAGUCUCGGAAGCUGUGAAAUGCACUGUCAUUGCAGUCAUGGUGCAGAAAAUCAUUAUGUUCUGCUGAUUUGGGACAGAGCUGACUGCUGGAAGGGGAUUGGAUGAUGAUAUUUGGUCAAAUUCAUUAUGGAAGCUAAUUGUUUGAAGGUCUAGGGUUGCUAGAAUGAAAUAAACGGCCUUUCCGUUAAUCCUUAAGAGUGGGCUAAGUCAUUCUUGCCAAUUUUUCUUAGAUGCCACAAGCACCCAAAGGACAUCUGACUGAAUCAAUACCUAAAAAUAAAUUGGAGCAUACAGCAGUAGUAUUGCUUUCUUGACCAAAUCAAACAGGGCAAAAAAUGUCACAGGCUACCUGAUGAUAACACUACACUGAGUUUACAACUUGGGAUCUUUACUUUUGCUGCUUCUGUUUGGCGAGAGCCCUGAUUUCUCAAAACUAAACAUUUAAUAGGAAAUUUGAAUGUGCCAGUAGAAAUCCAGUCCCUCCCAACCCCCUCUGUACGCAUACUUCAUCACUCUGGAUUUUCUGACGGAUCAGCCGUCAAAUUCUGACUUCCCUCUGAUAGUGCUUAACUGGUUUACAAGCAUACAGUACUAACAUAACACAAGCCUGCCAUUAACACGAUGUAUAAUGUUUCUCUUUUUCUGAUUCUGGCAGCUGUUCAUGCAGGUGUUAGUUGUGGUAUCUGAAUAAUAUGGCACUUGGCUACUUUGAGAUGUACAUGGCCUCUUGAAUAUACAGUGCUGCGGUUAAGUACGACAGAGUUUGUCUUUGGAGGGAGUGUUUCUCCCUAACACCAGAAAAAACCAACAACAUUUCAGAUUGACUGGGUUUCCUUUUUGUUUUUUAAUUUCCCUAAUUUGACAGUGACCUUUUGGUGUAGUGACUGCUCCUCUCUCUUGCACAUAUUGAUUUCCACAACUGGAGAUCCUCAGAUCUUUCAGCUGGCUAUGAGGGUUUUGUUAAAACUGUCCAAGUUAAUGUUUUUUGUUUUUUUUUUUUAAUUAUGUAGGUGGUUACAAAAAAUAUUAGGUAAAAACACUAACAAUAUAGUACCCCAUCAUGAUAAACAUUUCAAAAGCACUUAAAUGAAAGGCAGUCAUGUGACUAAACAAAGUAUGCAUGUGUGAUGACAAAGUCAGCUCUCUUGGGACCAAACCACCUUAACAAUACCAUUGUAUUUCUGCUCACAAUUCUAGCCUAAUUCCAUAUUGGUUUCUACAGCAUUUUGUUGUUGUUGUGUUGUGCAUUCUGAAUAGCUUUAUCCACAUGGGUUUUUCAUGCAGACCUCCCUUUGACAGUAAAUAACAUUGUUUGUGCAUUUGAACAACGGUGAAUUAAUGGCUUGAUAUUGGCAUAAAAUGGCGUGUAAUGCUUCCUUUUCCUGAGAGACCACUGGCUUGCUGGUAUGAAGAAUUUAGAACUUCGGCUGUGUUUGAAUAAAACUGUAGUAAUCCCAUUUCUGAGCAUGAUUUAAAAAAAAAAAAAAAACCCACCCAACCCACAAAACAAGCAUUCUGACAAAUGGUACCAAGAUAUCAAUAACAAAUUGGCAUCACUAAGGGAGCAAGAAACUUUGAUUUAAGUAUUUGGGCCAUUCUUUUCCUCUGAUUUUCUCAUUGUUCAAUCUUUCAGUGGUACAGAAGGUGGUUUGGUUGCAAAGGAAGGUGACUAUUGUAUAAAUACAGAAGCAUCACAUGCUUGGUACUAAAUCUGAUAUUCUUUUUGUUGGGGUGAUAGACUAGACACAGAAGCCAAGUAUGAUGCAAAACUUGAGGCCAGCAUAUGUUCCACCAAGCCUCUUUCUUGGUGUGAUGCCUCGGUUCUUUAAAGCUGGUUCUAAGUGAUGUCUGACUCUAGAUUUGUUUGCACUGAUACUCCUGUUGGUGUCAAUAAAAAGCCCAGUUUGCCCAGGAUGACUGGUCACCAGAUGGAACUGCUAUUAGAUCCUCUGGGAACUGCUGAGGGUUGUUAAGUACAAUCCAAGCCUAAAUGAAUGACGCUCCUGUUGUUGGUAUACAUCUAUGUAUAUUUUUAAAACCCUUUUCAUUCCAGUAGUACAAGUAACACUUUCUUCUGUUACUCUUUUUAUUUUGUUUGUCAACAAUGUAUUUAAUCACUGGGCUAAGCAACAAUGGGGGAAAGUGCAAGAGAUCCACUCCUUAUUAACCAGUGAAAGCCGGAUAUUGCAGCUCCACUCUACGUAGUUGAUGCAAACAAUACUUACAAAUAAAGGAUGAUGCAGAUUAAACAUUAAUUGCCAGAGGUGCUGAAGAUACAGAACUGUGGGUAGUCAGGGGCUCAGUGAGUGCCUCGAUCCAGAAGACCGGUUGUUCUGAGUAAAGGCGUUUAGAUUACUUUUAAGAAACUCAGCCCGGUGAGUUGGAAUUGAGAAUGGUAGGGCGGAGAGAUGAGAACAAAGGAUGGAAAAGCAUAUUCACAAAGACACGGGGCUUGGCAGAAGUUAGCGAUAGUUCCAGAGCUUGGUAUGUGGAACGGCAUCGAGGCUCAGGCAUCAUCAUUCUAAUCAUUUGGUACUUGUAAAUAAACCUCUUAAUUUCCCAGCUGUGGAGGAAAAUUCAUUACCAGGAGGUUUACAGAGGUCAUUGGUCAAUAUGAAUUGCUGUGCAUCAGCUCUCAGUCAGUCUGUUUGCAAGUACCAUAUGACUAUCAAUAGUAUGUGUGCAUGUGCGCGUGGUCACCUUUUUUGUAUGCAUUAUGUUGAUUAGUUAAUCCAUUAGCAUUUUCAAUAGGGCUUUUAAGUCCAGUAGAUUACGGGUAGUCAGUUGACGGAGAUCUGGUUUACAAGAACUAAUUAAAUGUUUCAUUGCAUUUUGUAGUACAUGGAAUAAUAAUACAUAGAAUAAUUUUAUAAAAUGUUUGUAGUUUAUAAAUGCCUAUAAAAUAAUUUAAAGGCACUUUCGUGUGUGUGUUUGUAUAUGCUCAGUUUUUUUUGAUGGUACCAGUUUACUAGCUAGCUUUACAAUAUGCCAAAAAGGAUCAUUAACUUGUCCAGCUCAUGGUUCAUCCCUUUUCCCCCAAGCUUUGUGUCCCGGUGUACAGUAAAUGAGUAAAUAAAGAGGUUGGGAAAAUGUUCUGUAUCUUCAGUAUCCUGGUCUUCCAGAACCCUCUGGUUGGGGUGGGAUCAUCUUAACUGGUCAUUUCACUUUACUGUAUAGUGCAGUUAAUGGAUUGAAAGAACCUCAUUGGUUAUGGAAACAGAAUAGGUAUUGCUGCUAAGCAGUCUUAGUUGUGUUAUUCAGUACCGUUUUUUCUUGUUGUUGCCAGGAGGGUUGAAGGAUGUGACUGUGUAAUAGACAGCAUGAUGAAAGGCAGUUUUCAUAGUUAUCAUUGAAUUAAAGAAAACUAUGUUUACAGAUUUCUUAUCACUUCAAAUACGAUGGUUUUGUAUGCAGCCUAUACAAUUUAUGUGGAUAUCUAGCAUCAUUAGAGCUUUGUUGAGAUGAACAAGGAAGGGUCCCUAUUUAUUUUUAUUUAAAUAAGAAUACCGAAGAUCCUAUUUUUUUUUUUUUUUUCCAAAUUAGACUGAACAUUUCUCCUCCCCUACCUUUUGAAGGUUAUGGAUGGUUUAGAUGCCUUUGAGAAUUAUCUUUCUGUUUUCUAAACCAGUGAGGUUUGAGUUGAAAGGAUUGGCCAGAGUUUGUCUACCUCUGGGACAAAAGCAAAACUAGAAAGCGCUAUGGAACUGAUGCAUUUGCAAA